AUGCGGGAAUUAGGUAGAAUCAUUCGGGCAUACGCGAGUCAGCGGCAUCGCGCGUGGAGCCGCAUAGUUAGGCGAGCGGAGGAGGUAAUUAACCACACGAGACACGCGUCGCAUGGCUAUGCGCCAUGCGAACUAAACGACGGCGAAGCGGAACAGGCGUGGGCGGAUAAAGUGGAAACCGCGCGGAGACGGUUAGCCGAAGCGGCGCGCAAGCGAAAAAUACAAGCCGACAAACACGGAACGGCGGAAUACACGCCGGGACAGCAGGUCUGGGUGAAGCGACACCGCAGAUCGGACGCCAGCCGUAGAUUAACGAGAAAAAUACACUUGGUUUACGAAGGACCGUACCGAGUGCGAGAAGUGAUACGACCGAACGCUUAUCUGAUCGAGGACCUCGACGGUCAGACAAUCGGGGUGUUCAACGCCCGUCAAUUGAAACCCAACAGAUUGCCAAGAUUGAGAGGCGAGGGCGAGCCGGAUGAAACGGAAAGCGAUGAUGAUGAUGACGGGUAUCACGACGACGACGACGGCGGCGAGACAACCGAAACCGAACGAGAGUCCGCAAGAUCGCUGACCGAUUCCACGGAUGACGGGGAGUCAGGGGCGAGCGAUCGUGAAGAGGAUGACAACCGGAGGCGAGCCACGUACGCCAGAUCGCUGACCAACUCCGCGAAUGACGGGGAGUCAGGGGCGAGCGAUCGCGAAGAAGAGGCUGACGAUGAGCGUGAAACAGCCAGGUCAUGGGAUGAUUCCGCGUAUGACGGGGAGUCGAACGUGAGCGACCGAGAAGAUGUCAACGAGGCGGAAAUCAGAGCGAGGGACAUUGACGCCGACGACGACGAAAGCGACAAUGAUCGUCGGGAAUUGACCGGACACCGCCACGAAGAGACGAUAGAGCUGAGCAGUGACAUCGACAACGACGGGAUAGUCCAACCGAGCGGCAAUGAGGAUCAUCCGCCAGCGGAAUCGGACGAAUACAGCGAAAGUAGAUGGCGAGCCAUCAUAGACCGAUGGAUGCGAUCCGACAGCGAGGACGAACAAAGACACGAACGAGUGUGGGCUAGUCAACCAAUCGAAACAAGCCACGCGAACCAAAGGAGGGGAGAACGUGAUCGUGAGUCGGAAAUAACGGACGACGAAAUCGACAGUUGGCCAACGAUGGACCACCUGUACGCACGCACCGGUGACGACCGUAGUAGGCCGAUUGAAAUCUCCGACGAGGAAGAGCCGACAGGAAUAUUGGAAACUGAAGAGGACGCGCCACCCAGGGGAAGGCGAAUCAACGCGAUGUCAAUAGAUUGGAACGACAGCGAGGACCAAGCUACCAUGGACUACCAGGAAUUCGAACGGGAGCUCAAACCCGUGACGGAAAUACAGCAACAACGACCGACAACGAUGGAAUCGAAGGAGGCGGAAGCAGCUGAAGAAGAGGACAUCGUGGAGGCCGAAUACAUAGGGGGCGGAGACAACAGCGUCAUCAUCAGCGGAGGUGAAGACGGUGCGUACAUGAUUAAAAGACAAAAUUUCGCGCAAAUAAAAAAAAAAAAAAGAAUGUCGCGCGGCGAAACGGAUGAAAACGUCGACGAUGCGAAUGGCAAAACCGCGAUAACGGAAACGCGUCAAGGUGACACCGAGAGGCGCGAGACGAUGAACACGACCGACAAACCCGUCGAGACCGACGCGAACGCGAGUGAGCGAAUAUACAAACGGGCGAAAUGCGACAACGCGAGCGAAACGUGCAAAACCGAGGCGCGACCGAAGGUCACCGAAAUCGAAGAAACCGCGACGGCAGAACGCGUAGCACCGGACCGAUACAGAAUAACGCACCGGAUGGAUAAACAAAACGCGACCUCGUCAAACGAUAACGACCUACGCGAAGCGAAAAGUGUCGAAAAUGAAACUCGCGAGUGCGCGGAACAGGUGAGAAACGUAGUGCGAAAAAACAAAACGAGCGGUGUCGAAAGCGACGCGGUGAGUCAGAGUAGAGCCAUGAAGCGAUACCGCGAACACGACGACAACGACGCCGGGGACAACGGCGAUAAAGGACCGAACGAGCGGCCGUUCGACGAUAACGAGCGGAUGCGACGGAACGAGGUGACGCGCGCGAUCGAGAAAGUGAACAAAGUUCUCGAGCAGCGACGCCAAAAUAGACAGGCGCUGACAUUCGCGGAAGAAUAUGCCGCGCGAUUACCAACGUUGACGCCGGAAGACGAAGAACAAGCGGAACGAGAUCACGAGGCCAACCUUCGACUGGCCAGGGCGAUAAGAUACUGUGAGGAACUGCAACAACGCGAUUGGACGCGUUCAAAAGAGAUACAAGUGCGCGACUCGAUUGACGGCAGCAUCAUAGCCGCAACGACGAUCACAAUCAGCCAAAGCCGAGGUAAAAAACCGAUAACGAAGCCACAUCGGAUCAUUGUGGAUGUCGAUGAAUUUGAUAUACACGUGCGAGUAGGCGACAACGACGAACGAAGUGGGAAAGCGCGAAAACUGAUGCGGCAACCGACGGCGGACGAACCACCGAAGGGACAGCAACGGCGAGCGGACCGCACAGCGAAGACGCCGCGAACGACGGUGGAAUCGACAAAAGUGAUGGCGAAGCGAAGCAAAUCAAACUCGGAUGCAGUCACAGUCGGCUCGAUGAGAGAAACUCCCAGUGACGAAAUGACAUCGUCCACCACAGGAACGGAACGAACGGGAAGCCAGUUAACCGACAGCUCGACAACCAGCGGACAAAGCGGGGAAAGUACAGCUGAUCGGAUCGAUCGGGCGGACAGCGAUACGGCGCGCAUAGCAACACCAACGCUGCUUGCCGCGGUGAUGCGAAGCAAAGACGAGCGCGGUGAGUGGGUCAGCGACGUCGACGGCGACGACAGCGACGAGAAGGACGACAACGAGGUCAACGACGCUGAAGAUGACGAACGGUCGAGCAUGAGAUUCCAACGUGAAACAAACACGUGGGUCACGUACGAACCGACGAGCCAACGAAAAGCGGCGCGAAACGCGAGAAUGAUCAAUCGCCGCUUAUUCGAAAACAAAGACAGAGAGGAGCGACAGGAACGCGCGAUCGAACAUGGAUCGAAAAACCAACGGCUUAAGCAGCAACAGCGAACGACUGCCGAGUUAGAGGUAAGUCGAGCGAGCGAGGCAAGCCCGAAGCUCGACUUGACGGGGAGAAUGCAGCCGUGCGCUGAGCUGCACCAACCGACCAACGCCCGAGCAGCAGCCACCGAGCCAAUCGUCGAAUUAAUCAUGCCGGGACUUACGGCGGCCGUGAGGGAGAUGAUCAAACGCGAGCGGCAGGAAUGGGCCAUACGCUCGCUACCGAUGACGAGGGUGCCGAUCAUCCAA